GAGAUGACAAACGCUGUGUAUCUGGUCAUGGAGUACUGUAACGGAGGUGACCUGGCUGACUAUCUGCAUGUGAAAGGCACCCUCAGUGAGGACACCAUCAGAGUUUUCCUCCAGCAGAUCGCGGGAGCGAUGAAGUUGCUGCACAGUAAAGGCAUCAUCCACCGGGACCUCAAGCCACAGAACAUCCUCCUGACGUGUGCUGGAGGCAGGAAGUCCAACCCCAGCACCAUCUGCAUCAAGAUCGCUGAUUUUGGUUUUGCUCGAUAUCUGCAAAGCAACAUGCUAGCAGCAACUCUGUGUGGGUCUCCCAUGUACAUGGCCCCAGAAGUCAUCAUGUCGCAACAUUACGAUGCGAAGGCUGAUCUUUGGAGCAUCGGAACCAUGGUGUAUCAGUGCCUGACCGGCAAGGCCCCUUUCCAGGCCAACAGCCCUCAGGACCUCAGACUCUUCUAUGAGAAAAACAGGAACCUAACACCAAACAUUCCCAGAGAGACGUCCAGCGACCUCCAUAACCUGCUGCUCGGCCUCCUGCAGCGCGAUCAUCAACAGCGCAUGGAGUUCAGUGAGUUUUUCCACCACCCGUUCCUGGAGAUCAGCACGUCACUGAGGAAAUCGGCUCCGGUCCAGAUGCGGUCAGACCCCGGCUCAGCCUCCGGCAGCUCCUGCAGCAGCUCCUCCACGUCCCACUUGGCUUCACCCCCGAACGUUUCGCUGUGCGGAGCCCAACAGCUGAGCGACAGGACCCUGGCUCCCCCCACGCCCGCCUCUCCCGGCUUCCUGCUGAGCUCCACCGACAGCGGCAAGAACUCCGCCUGCGACAUUGACGAUUUCGUGCUUGUGCCGUACAGCAGCCAGGUCCCCGGUGACCUGGCGGAGGGCGUGGACGAGGAAAGGACCGCGGGGGACAGCUUGGUGCUGAGCGGGUCUCUGCUGACCUCGGCGGGAAUGGAGAGUCGGGGCCCAAUUUCCUCAUCCUCAGCGUCCAGCUGUUCCUGCAGCCCAUCUGGCACGUCUGUCAGUGCAGAGGAUCCUCAGACAGCAACUCCUUAUGACAAACCUUCUCCCUGUAGACGGACGAGGACACUUGGCAGUUACGGAGAGUCAGUUCCAAUACCGGUCCCAACCCAACUCCACAACUUCCAGCGGAUCGAAGAGAACUUGCAGUCACCCAAGCAGAGCCUUUCUCCCAGGAUCGGGAUCAGGCCGGGAAUCUACUGCCCAGGUUUCCAGCCGAGCUGGAAUCUCGCCUCCUCAGGGCUCCUUUGGGCUCGGAAACUACUCUGUGGGGUCUCAAAGGUGUGCCCGACCUCACUCCCAGGAGCAGAGACGGAUCAGCUCGCCCUGCGUUGCAGACUGCACAGCGCUCCCAAUCUCUCGGCCCUGCCUGCCACGCAGCACAGGAUUAAGAAGCAGCGUUCCGAGCCUGCCGUGACGCAGUACGGAUACGCCCGGGGGCCUGGGCUGGUGCCGUGCAGACCGAUGCCAUCCUGCUCCAAGCUCUGUGAGUUAAUGCAGAGGAGCCCGCUGCCGACCAUCAUUGGUUCCCCGACCAAGGCCAUCUCCCCGUUCGAAUUCCCGAUCGUACCGAGCUCCCACAAUCUGGUCCGAAUGUUUGCACAUCAGGUGCUCGCUCCCGCUCCCACCGUGCCCGACCCGGGAGAGGCACCGCGCCUGCUGGCCGAGCACCGCACAUCUCAGGAGGACGUGACGCUCGGCAGGUCGCCGAGCGCUGGCAAACUGUCCGACCUGUUGUUGAAAGCUGCUUUUGGAGAUCAGAUCCCAGACACGGACGGCAACAAGAGUCAGAAACCAGAGAGACCAACGGAUGGAAUGGCCCCAAAAUGUCCUCAAGCGGCGACCGUGUGCUCAGGGGCUGCUAGUCGGGCAGGCAGUCCGGUACCCGUGGUGUUCACUGUGGGGUCACCUCCCAAGGGAACAACCUCCGCCCAACCCAACACAAGAGCGUUCUCAGUUGGCUCCACCGGUUGGGCCAGCUGCCUGGACUGCGGGGGUGGGCGAUGCUCCUCCCGAGCUCCCGGAGCACCCCCCAUAGUCAGCGACGGUCUCCUCAGCCUCCGCCUCGUUUACACAGACGCCCUGGCCGCAAACAUGGAGACCAUGGUGACCUUUGAAGCCCCAGAACUGCCCGAAGAAACACUAAUGGAGCAGGAACACACCGAGAUCUUGAAGAACCUGCGCUUCACGCUGGUGUUUGUCAGCUGCGUGAUGGAGAUCGCGGACGCGAAGGGCAGCUCCGCGGAGAUGUGCAGCUCCGUGGCUUCUGGGGGUCGGCUGCAGGACAGCGAGGUGAUGGAUCAGAUCAGUCUGCUCAGCAGAGAGUGGAGCUUCGCUGAACAGCUGGUUCUCUACAUGAAAGUGACAGAGCUGCUAUCCUGUGCCCUGGACACCAGCCGCAUCCACAUCAGAUCCGGAAAGCUCUACCCGUCGGCUGCCGUCAAACAAGUGGUGAAGAAGUUGAACGAGCUGUACAAGGUGUGUGUGACCUUCUGCCAGGGUCUCAGUACUCGUCUUCAGCGCUUCUUCCUGGACAAACAGCGACUGAUGGACCGAAUCAACAGCAUCACCGCUGAGAAACUCAUCUACAGCUACGCCGUGCACAUGGUACAGGCAGCAGCGUUGGAUGAGAUGUUCCAGCAGGCGAGGGACUAUGUGCAGAGAUACCACAAGGCACUGCUGCUGAUGGAGGGUCUGACCCAGAUCAUCACAGACCAGGCAGACGUGGACGCCAUCAGCAAGUGUAAACAGUGCAUUGAGCGGAGACUUUCUGCCCUGCGGCCCGGUUUGUGCGCGUGAGACGUGCGGUUUACAGUCCUCUGUAGAGCCCCAGUCUCUCCCAGUGUCAGCCUCCAAAGAUGGGGCUGCCUGAACAUGGAUACAGUUAUUGUCUGUGUCUCCCUUUGAUAUUUCUUGGAAGAACUUUUGGCAGUUCUUAAUAAGACAUUUGACGGGACAUGAAAUGAACAGACGUGUUGGGCUGACCGGGCCCCUGUCCGCCUAUUUCUACGAUCCCUGAUUGAUAUCGUCUUGAACUCUACGGGAUUGCAUUCUGAACCAGAUACGAAGCAGACACAUACACUGCUCCAGAGACUGGAUGUCAGCCAGACAUGCGUAGUAAAGUUUACUGGUAUAUUUCAUCAAACGCUGCCUUGAAGCACUUUCCUCACUUUUUCUGGUGUGAGUCAAACAAGAAGCUACACGGAGGUCACUUUAUAAUCUAUUGCUUUGUAGUC